UCCAAACAGUGGAGUAUCUGUUCCGCGGAUGAAAAUGCAUAUAGAACCGAGGACAGCAGAACAGCAAGAUGCACUCAGCUGCGAGUUAAAACGAAGACGAGCCGUCCUAGUUUCGUCUCUACUCAACACUGACCCGCUGCAUAACAAAAUGGGUUAAUUUGAAUAGAGACCGAGAAUCGCAAACUUUGAGACUCUAGCCUGCUUGAAUGGGGAUUUUCUCCGUGUUGCGGGGCGGCUGCAUUGAGAAGACAAUACAGAACCAGGAAUUGAUUCGCACCUAGUGUUUUCUACUGCGUUUCUAUAACCUUUUAUUAUUUUGAGAAAUGAUUACGGAGUUGGUGUGUGGCGCUGUGGCUUUUGUCCUGUAUCUCAAUACACUGAACGCGGAUUUUUGCUACGAUGACAGCCGAGCCAUCAAAACCAACCAGGAUCUUCUCCCUGAGACCCCCUGGAGCAACAUCCUGUACGACGACUUCUGGGGCACCCUCCUCACUCACAGCGGCAGCCAUAAAUCCUUCCGCCCCCUCUGCACCCUCUCCUUCCGCCUCAACCACGCCCUGGGCGGACUACGCCCCUGGGGGUACCACCUGGUCAACGUAUCCCUCCACGGGGCGGUCACCGCUCUUUUCACGGCGCUCUGUCGCCCCCUGCUGGGCGGAGGACCGUGGAGCCUGCUGGCAGGACUACUUUUCGCGUCGCACCCCGUGCAUACGGAGGCGGUGGCUGGAGUGGUGGGGAGGGCGGACGUCGGAGCGGCCUUCUUCUUCCUGACAUCCCUGAUCUGCUACGCCAAACACUGCGGGCUACGGACGGACCCCCAUGUGGCCUACAAAGCCAGGGCCUCGGGUAGUUUUCAGGCCCAGUCGUGGCUGUGGUUGAUGGGGAGCCUGGGCUGCGCUGCCUCCAGCAUGCUGUGGAAGGAGCAGGGGGUGACGGUGUUAGCCGUGUCGGCGGUGUACGAUGUGUUUGUGUUCCAGAGACUACGGGUUCGCCAGGCUCUCGCCGUUCUCCUGGGGAAGAGGAGGAACGUGAGCCUGAUGGUGAGCCUGGGCGUGCUGCUGGUCUGGGGGGUUCUCCUCCUGGCCGCGCGCCUCUACUGGAUGGGCAACAAACCACCCAACUUCUCCAACUCCGACAACCCUGCCGCUGACUCCCCACACCUCCUCACCCGCAUCCUGACCUUCCUCCACCUCCCCGUCGCCAACACCUGGCUCCUCCUCUGCCCCGACAAGCUCAGCUUCGAUUGGUCCAUGGACGCCGUGCCCCUGGUCAGAAGCUUUGCCGAUUGGAGGAACGUUUCAACGGUGGCCUUAUAUGGUGGGAUCUCCGCCCUGGUCUGGUUUGGCCUUCGCAGUGGCCCCUCCCCCAAGGUCAAAGAGACCAAUGGGAAAGCCCACAUGACAAACGGGAAACACGUUACUAACGGAAACGGUUUUCACGCCCCCGACGCCAACCACAACACAAACUGGGUCCAUGGGUCCCUGAAACCCACCAUGAACGGGACAACCAAACAGCUCCCCCACCCCACACGUAGGGGCCUUCCUGCAGCUGAGAACGUGGUCAUCUUCUCCCUGGGCCUUCUCUCCCUGCCCUUCCUCCCGGCCACAAACCUGUUCUUUUACGUGGGCUUUGUGGUGGCUGAGAGGGUGCUGUACAUUCCCAGCAUGGGGUUCUGUUUGCUGGCUGCCCUGGGGGCCAGGGCCCUGCAUGCCAAACUGAGGACCAGGGCGAGCAGGGCGGUGGUUUUGGGUCUCUGUGCUGGACUGGUGCUGCUGAAUGGGAUUAAGACCGUUCUGAGAAACAAGGACUGGAGGAACGAGGAGAUGCUGUACAAGUCUGGGAUUGCUGUCAACCCGGCUAAAGCCUGGGGUAAUCUGGGGAACGUCCUGAAGAACCAGGGCAAGAUGGCAGACGCUGAACAGGCGUACAGAAACGCCCUGUACUACCGGGGCAACAUGGCCGACAUGCUGUACAACCUGGGUUUGCUGCUGCAAGAGAACGACAGUUUCUCUGAGGCUCUCCGUUACUAUAAGCUGGCCAUCGGAAGCAGGCCGACUCUAGCAUCGGCCUACCUGAACACGGGCAUCAUCCUGAUGAACCAGGGCAGUCUGGAGGAGGCUAAGAGAACCUUCCAGACCUGCGCGGAGAUCCCAGAUGAGAACCUGAAGGACCCCCACGCCCACAAGAGCUCCGUCACCAGCUGUCUGUACAACCUGGGCAAGCUGCUGCACGAACAGGGCCACCAGGAGGAGGCUCUGUCUGUAUAUAAAGAAGCUGUUCAGAAAAUGCCUCGGCAGUUUGCCCCACAAAGUCUUUACAACAUGAUGGGAGAGGCCUAUAUGCGUCUGAACAGGCUGGAGGAGGCUGGUCAGUGGUACAGGGAGUCUCUCCGGGCCAAACCAGACCACAUUCCAGCUCACCUGACCUACGGAAAGCUGCUGUCAAUAACCGGGCUGAAGUCUGAAGCAGAGGUGUAUUACCUGAAGGCCAUCCAGCUGGAUCCCACCAAGGGAAACUGCUACAUGCAUUACGGUCAGUUUCUGCUGGAGCAGGGUCAUGUGCAGAAGGCAGCAGAGAUGGCAGAGAGAGCUGCACAGCUUGACAGCUCAGAGUUUGACGUGGUCUUCAGUGCUGCUCACAUGCUCAGACAGGCCAGUUUGAACGAAGCAGCAGAGAGGCACUAUGAUCAUGCGGCAAGCCUUCGACCAGACUACCCGGCAGCCCUGAUGAACCUGGGCGCCAUCCUCCACCUCAACGGGAAACUUCCGGAAGCCGAGGCCAACUACCUGCGUGCGCUGCGGCUCAAGCCCGACGACGCCAUCACCCAGUCCAACCUCCGCAAGCUGUGGAACAUCAUGGGGAGGCAGGGCCUCCGCACCCUGCAGGGGCCUUGACCGAGGCCCAAGACAGAGGCAGGAGAACCAGAGGAAACACCUCUGUGUCCCCUCUCUGAGAGGGGGGCCCCGUGAGAGAGGCUGGGCCCCUCUGGAGGGUGAGGCCCGAGGCUAGUCAGGAACGCUAUACGCCAGCCAGACUGAGACGGAAAGAGAGAAAGAGAACAGCAGUCUCUGCUGGAUGGUAGUUAGGGAAGCUUGGAGAAAGUAAUGCACGAAUACAGGGUGAAAGGCUUCGGCUGAUGAGGUGAACUUAAUUGAUUAUGGGUUGAGUGACAAAGUAGUCGUUGCUGAUGGCAACUGAAGAGAGAAGCCAGGGACAAGCUGUUGUUGCAUGUAGGAGUGGGACUGAGACCCUAAUCUGCAGUGGGGAGUGGUAGGUCACAGACUGGCAAAGAGACAAGCUAUGAAUCUUUAUAAAAGGUUUCGUUUGUAAAGUAAAGAACAGUGACAGUCAAGAUACAGAGCAAUGGCCCCGAAUUACAAGAAAAAGAAAUCUGAUGUAAAAGUGAGAAAAUCUGAUAUUUUUGGGAGGGGUGAGUUUAAUUUUUAUCCCUAAAACAUGUUUUCAUGAUUUUACUUUAGAUAUGUUAAGGACUGAAGCCCAGUGUCUGUAAAUAAUUUGAAAAUAACGUGGUCUCAUCAAAAAUCUUUUGUGCUUUCUUACCUGGUCAGAGUUUUGGAUUAUUUAUUUUUUGCCAUACAUUUGAGUCCAGCAAAUGUAAGCCGUGAGCGAAGACCAUAUUUGAAGAGAAAUUGGAAAGGUACUAAACCCAAGCUGAUACAAGGUUCAUCCAGUAAAUGUAUUCAGCCAUUAGAAGGCUUGUAGCGUGCCUACGUUUUGAGUUGUGCCUCUUUUCAAGCAGACAGGUUAUUAAAUGUUGUAUGAUGAAAAUAUUUUAAUUACAUUGUGUGUGAUCAGAUCAUUCUUAACUUAUUGAACUGUGUUGCUUAUGAUACCCACACUGUCAUGUUAUGAUGGUGACUACAGACAUAAACAGCUUUACCAUACACUUGUCCUCCCUACCCCCUUUCUCUCUCUUUCUCCUUCACUUACUCAAUCUCUCAUUCAGUCAGUGACUUAAGUGGUGAACCGUGACUCUUAAAUCUUGGCCCUCUGACCCCAAUUACUCGUCGGAAAAUCAUGAUACAGCAAAUUAAAUUGUGUUGGUCAUUGCGCACUAUUUGAGCCAGCCCUUGCACCACUAUUUACGGUAAUUGUGCAUAAUGACGAUGCGUUGGUACAUUUAGCCUACAUUUUGACCGGUCAUUCUGCACAA